AUGAAUGUCAACGAUGAUAAUAAUCAACAAUUAAAGAUAAAGUGUCAUGGUAAUCGAAGAGAUCAACGUUUUCGUCGAAAAUGUCGUAAACGUGGAAUGAGACCAGCAAAAAUAGAAAAAUUACUUGAUAAAUUCAAAUAUCCAAAUGAGAAAACAAGACGAAUAGAGCAGCGCAUGAGAGAUUUAGCCUAUUAUAACAAACAAUUAACAGCACCAGUGUUUCGUACUUCAUUAGAUCAAGUAAGUAAUCAAUCACGCCAGUCAACAGCAACAACAACAGUUACAACACAUUUGAAUAAGCGUAAACGAAAUAUAUCACUUCAAGAAUUAAAAGCAAAUUCAGUAGUUCCAAAAUCAACAAGUUCAAUAUCUAUACGUCAACCAUCAUCGAAAAAGGCAAAACAACAGAUAGAAACAACAACAACAAUGCCAAUGAUACAAGAAAACAAGAAUAAUAUUCUAAAUUAUGUCUAUCGACGACCAAUGUACUUACAACGAUCAUCUUGGUUACUUUUUCAAACAUUAAGUAAACGAUUAAAUUAUUCAUUGAAUGAUAAACAUAAACAAUAUAUUUAUACACGAUUAAUCAUAUUAGAUUAUAUAUAUUGUCUGGAAGUUCAUUUAAAAUUAUGUAAAUCCUUUUUAGAGAUUGGUCGUACAGAGCAUCAUUGGCCGGAAGAAGUUCAACUGUUAACAAAAACAAAUGAUUAUGAACUAUGUUUUCAAUAUGUUACGAAUUAUAUAGGACAGUUAAACGAACAAAUUAAUCAGUAUGAAACAGAACUUACAACUCAACUUAGUUCAUAUUUAAUGAUACCUAUAUCAGUCAAUCAAGUUGAUACUUGUCUAAAAGAAUAUGUCGAUCAUCAGCGACAAUAUUUAUUAACAAGAAAUAAUAACCAGCUUACCAAAUUUCAAGAUGAGAUUCAAGCAAAUCAAUUAUAUGAAACGAUUAUGACUUCCUAUCCUAAUUUAAAUCCAAAUCAAUUCAUUGAUCAGUUAAUUAUUAUACGACAGAAGCAAUUACAAAUUUUGGAGGAACUUCUUCAGUUCGAAAUGCGAAUUCUUUAUAAAUUUUUACCGUCUGAGCUUGAUCAACUAGAAAAUGUAGUUGCACCAAUUACUUAUAUACCUUUGAAUAAUGAACAUAAAACUAUUGAAUUGAAUAAUAAGCGUCAUAAAAUGAUACAAGAUGCAAAACGUCAAUGGUUACAUAUUUCUUUAUCUGUAUAUGAAACUAAAUUACAAGAAUAUAAUCAUCAAUUCGAAUCGAUAUUAUUAAAUAAUACAAGUCUUCAAGGUACAUCUCUAUUAAAUGAUAUUAGUCGAUACAAUAAUUUUAUUGGUGUAUCACCUGAACCAUAUCUCGAUUUAAUAUCAAAUCCAUUUAAUAAACGUGAAUGGCAAUAUGUUUCACUUGGUCCAUCAUAUAUACGAACAAAUCAAAGUGCAAUUCGUCCUCGAAAACAACAAGAAAUUGAAAUUAAAAAGGAACAUAAAGACAUACUUUCUAAAGUCCAAAAUAAUCUUACAGAAUAUCAUCAUGUACCAAGACAGCAUGCAAUUUUUGAAGAAUAUGGGAAUCAACUUCUUAAUUAUUUGAACAGUUGUUAUUUUACUCCCUUACCAUACAAAGAUCAUAUUGAAGCUCAAGAACAAUCCCAGACUACUGCAUCGAUUCGACAUAAAAUUAAACAAUUGAAACUUAUUAUUCGUGUCACAGAUAAAAGUAAGAAUUUUUACAUUGGUUCAGCUGUUGAAUUUGAGAAAAAAGUUCAACAAUACUUUAUGGAUACAAAUACGUUUAUAAUGAUAAAAGAAAAUCCAUUACCUGAAAUUUUAAACAAAGUUACGCAAUUACUAAAUAAUCUUCGAUCAAAGAAAUUUAUUUUACAAUGGCAAUACAAUGAGAUGAUACCUGAUCGAAAAACAACUGAAUUAGCUCAUUUAUAUUUCAAUCCAAAAACACACAAGGAUGGAAUUCCACUUAGACCCAUUGAAAAUACAAUUCGUUCGCCAACAACCAAUAUUUCGAAACUUUUAGAUAAAAUUCUUCGGCCAAUAUUCGAUGAUAAAUGUAAGAAAACAACAAUUAUUGAUGGUGCUCAUCUAAUUUGUGCUAUGAACAUAUAUGCAAACAAAGGUCCAAUGAAACCAUCAACACUUUUUUGUACAUUUGAUAUUCGUAAUUUAUAUACUAUGUUACCACAAGAAGAAGCAUCAAAUAUUCUUGUGGAAUUCCUCCAUAUGCAUGGUUAUAGAAAAGUGAAAGGAAUUCCUCUGGAUUCAAUUCGAAAAUUGGCUUCUAUUGUAUUAAAAGAGAAUUUUUUCGUUUAUGACAAUAAAUUCUACCAACAAACUACAGGUGGUGCCAUGGGUUCAUCAUUUACAUUAACUCUAGCUAAUAUAUUUAUGUGGAAAUGGCAAAGAGAAUUAGUUCAUCGUCAAGAUAUUAGCGGUGAAUUCUUUGGGAGAUAUAUCGAUGAUAUUUUUAUGACAUGGAAUAGUUCAGAAGACGAAUUGAAAAUAUUAUUAAACGAAGCAAAUCAAUGGCAUCCAAAUAUUAAAUUAGAUUAUAAAAUUAGUCAAAGUCUACCAUUUCUUGAUGUACUUCUUACAAAUAAACAUGGUGUUCUUACAACAUCAGUUUAUCAUAAACCAAAUGCUGAACCAUAUGUGGUACCAUUUAGUUCGGAUCAUCCUCGACAUGUAUUUGUUAAUAUUGUACAAACACUUCUUAAAAGAGCUGUCCGAUAUUCAUCAGCAUUUGAAAUACUUAAUUAUGAACGCCGUUCUAUCAAGUUAAUGUUAUUAUAUAAUGGUUAUCCUUCGUCUUUUAUUGAUCAACAAUUUCAUAAAUUUUUUAAUGAAUUUAUUUAUGCAACAUCAAUUUUAUCAUUUAUUGAAAAUGAACAACAAUAUAUUCUCUUACGCCACGAAAUACUUGGUCAACCAACACCUCAACAAUCACAAACCGCAUUAAGAGCGACUACAGCUGAUGUUGAUAAUGAUCAAACUGAUGUUACUGCAGAAACUACAUCUCGAGAAUCAAUCACAACGAUUCAUAAAAAGCCAAUCAACUAUGCAGAUCGAUUAUUCCUUCACUAUAAACAUGAAAAACGAUUCCAACCAUUUAAAAGAAACAUGCAUCAAAUCUAUCAAAACGUCUUCAAAAAUACACCAGCUAUGGAUCUUCGAUUAAUUGUAGGUAAUCGUAAUCGGCGUGAUGCAAAAAAUGAACUUAUACGAAAACGACCAAAACGAUCAUUACUACAAUGUAAACAAAUACGAACUAAAUACCAGAAAAUGUUAGGUAAACUAUUAUCUUAA